AUGGCCGCCGUGUGGAAAAAUUAUAAAGCGAAAAUGGCAAAGAAACGUUGCAAAACAACGAAAGAAGAUCGCCCAAACUCUGUCGAAGAAUUGGUUGUGCAACGCUUAAGUUCGAGCGUGUCUGGAAAAGCGCAAAAAUACACCCGUGUCGGGGCAAGGGAGUUUGUAGCAUUUGCCUAUGACGAAGUAAACGUAACAAACAUCAAGAAAGCUUGCGAAGAACAUUAUGGCAGUUCAAUCGGUGAUGACAUGGAAAUAGACGUGUUAGCAGGGAACAAGGACCAUCCUGUCAGUCUAUGA